GGGUGUGAAUAAGCUGAGAGCUGGUUGGAGAGCUGGUGACAAACGCUCCGGAUUUGCCCCACAAAACGCAGAGCAGUAACCUGACGGACACUCGCUUAAACUGUUUAAAUUCCUGAGCAGCGUAUCCUCGAAAGUAGCAGGGGAGCCCCUACUGUUUCAUGAGAGACUGGGAAGUGCUCAAACAAUGGACACGGGGAGCGCGUUUUGUCGCUGAGUGUUCACGGAACGGGACUGAUGUUUUGCAAAGACUGCUGCUGCUGCUGCUGCUGCACGGAAGGGGCCGUGGAACCACAAAGCGAGGAGAAGGAGAACUCAAAGGGAAGACACGCCAAUAAGGAGGGCAAAGCAGGACGCGUGUGUGCAGAGAAGCAGUGCCCUAGAUCUGAAUAACAUCUGAGUAACUCUGUCAUUCAGGAUCCUUUUAUGCUGUUUCGAGCACAAGUUUCUCCACCCGCACCUGGAUAAACAAAGGGAAUGCGUUCAGUGGCAGCCCAUCUCCAUGCGUAACUGGAGACGCAUGGGCGCGUAUUCGCUGUACUUUUUCAUUAUGCGUACAAUAAAUGAUGUUUGUUUUGUCACCUACUCAUGUCCUGUCCCAUGACCACACUGCUAUAGAUGCAAAAUAGACUUCCUCAUACUUCAUAUCUGCCAUGAGUGAUGGCGAUGCCUGCAGAAUCUGACAGUACCGGUGCGCAGAGUAGCACUCGUGAAAAAAGCUUCAGCGCACCGGAUAGCAAUGGUUAUGUGAAAACAUGUGUCAUCCCACUGUGCCGUGACCGAGAUUACGAGUCGUGGGUGAGGCUAAUGUUCACAAAAAUAUGGAGUUCCCAGAGACUCCGGAGUGCGGUGUGUGUGGGGUCGCUUUCGGUUUUUCUCGCUCUGCUGGUCAAAUGUGCAGACUGGAAAGCUGAAGCCAGCAGCAGCAGCGCUGACAACACACUCUCGCGUUCAUCGUCUCCCCUUCACUUCGUCUCAGGCUGCGCGGCGGAGCUGUUGCAAACUUGCUGGAGUGUUGUUUCCCCACUGGUUACCCUCGUUUGUGCCUUCUUUUGGGUCGGUGUCUACUUAAUCCGCUGCGGAGUGCUCAUCCAGAGCGCCCUCUCCUUUCUAACCUUGUGCCACCUGGGCGAAGCAGCGGCGUGGUCUCUCGUGGACGGGACAGAUGAGCAGCUGUUUUCAUUCACGACAGCAGCCGUGGUCGUGCUCUUCUGCGUGGCCACCGGUGCACUCAUGGUAGCACGGCUGAAUCAGGGCAUAUCGUUGAUAUUUUUCAUCAGCUUUGUCAGGACUAUCUCACUCUUUUCGCUGCAAAAAGUUCGGUCCACUUGGAGACCGUACGUAGCGUACCUGGUUGGAGUGCUGGGCAUCCUGCUGGCGAGGUAUGCUGACAAGCUCCUUCCCAACCAAGGGAGACACAAGGAGGGCUGCACCCCCGUGACUGGAGCCAGGGAAGAUAUCCCUGUAUUUAAAAGGUGCAGGAGGUCCAGUUCUGUGAUAGCCUCAGAGAUGGCACACAGUCAGUCCAACAGUAAGUCACAUCGCCGGACCUCUCUGCCAUGCAUCCAGAGGGACCAGAUGCUCCCCCGCUCGGAGUGGGACCACAAGAGAGGCUCCCGAGGAUCACAGUCAUCAGGCACCACUGUGAUGGUGGACAUAGCAGUGAUGGGAGAGGCCCACGGGCUGAUCUCAGACCUGCUGGCUGACCCCUCUCUGCCCCCCAACACCUGCACCUCGCUGCGGGCCGUCAGCAACCUGCUCACCACCCAGCUCACCUUCCAGCCGCUGCACCGACCGCGCCCUGCUCCCCUGCUCAACCCCAGCGAUGCCUACACCUUCUCCGACUCAGAGGAGGGACCGGAGAAAGAAGGGAAAACGUCCAUCCAUAAGCGUAUUAGGCGGAGUCUCCACCCUGGUCUUCUGAGGAGGAUUUCUUCCACGUGGACCACCACCACCUCCGCCACAGGCCUGCCGUCCAUCGAGCCCGGACCCGUCCGAAGGGACCGCAGCGCCAGCAUCAAACCCUUCCAUGAAGCACUCACCUGCAGCUGUGGGAGACCGUACAUCAGACUGAGCCAUGGGGAGGGGUCUUUAGACAAGGGAGACAGGAUACCACGGUCAGCAGAGGACCCAAUGGUGGCGUCAUCAGACUAUGACAGCACCCACGAAGCCAACCACAGUGACAGCAGUGAUGUAGCACACACAGAGGAGGACACAGAAGAAGGAAAAAAUCCUGCGCAAAACGUCAUCCUCCUCCCACUAAUACCUCCAGAGGACAAACCAAUUCUGGCUCCAGAACCAUUAGUAAUGGAGGACUUGGAGCCAUUGAUGAGUCAGCUAAAUAAUUGGAACUUCCCCAUCUUCACGUUGAUGGAGAAGACCAACGGGAAAUGUGGACGGAUCCUCAGUCAGGUCUCGUACAGGCUCUUCGAAGACACCGGCCUGUUUGCAACCUUCAAGAUCCCAGUAAAAGAAUUCAUGAACUACUUCCAUGCCCUUGAGAAUGGUUACAGAGAAAUACCAUAUCACAACAGAAUCCACGCCACAGAUGUGCUUCAUGCAGUCUGGUACCUCACGACGCAGCCUGUCCCCGGCCUGCCGAGCCUCAUCACUGACCACGGAUCAGCCAGUGACUCAGACUCCGACAGUGGAAUAACACACAGUCAUAUGGGCUUCCUGGUUUCAAAGACCUACACUGUGUCAGAAGAUGGUUACGGAUGCCUGUCCGGCCUCAUACCUGCUCUGGAGCUCAUGGCCCUUUACGUGGCUGCUGCAAUGCACGACUACGACCACCCUGGGCGGACCAACGCUUUCCUCGUGGCCACCAGCGCCCCACAGGCAGUGCUCUACAAUGAUCGAUCGGUUCUGGAAAACCACCACGCAGCCUCAGCCUGGAACCUCUUUAUGUCGCGGCCAGAGUUCAACUUCCUCGUCAACCUGGACCAUGGGGAGUUCAAGCGUUUCCGUUUCCUGGUCAUUGAAGCCAUAUUGGCCACUGAUCUAAAGAAACAUUUCGACUUCCUAGCUGAGUUCAAUGCCAAGGUGGGUGAUGAUCCCUCCACGGGUAUUGACUGGUCUAAUGAGAAUGACAGGCUGCUGGUGUGCCAGAUGUGCAUCAAACUGGCCGAUAUCAACGGGCCUCUGAAGUGCAAGGAGCUGCAUCUGCAGUGGACGGAGGGCAUCGUCAACGAAUUCUAUGAACAGGGCGACGAGGAGUCCAGCCAGGGCCUUCCCAUCAGCCCCUUCAUGGACCGAGCGGCACCACAGUUGGCCAAACUCCAGGAGUCAUUCAUCACACACAUUGUGGGACCGCUGUGCAACUCCUAUGACUCAGCUUUCCUCAUUCCUGGACGAUGGGUGGAUCCCAACCCAGAGGGAGAGGAGCCGGAGAUAACAGAGAAUGAGAAUGAGGAGGAGGAGGAGGAGGAGGAGGAGGAGGAUACUGCAGAGGAAGACGCAUCGACCAGCUCAGAGGCAUCACAGAAAGCUAUUUCCAAGAAGAGAAGGAAAGUGUUCUGCCAGAUCACCCACCACCUGAUGGAGAACCACGAGAUGUGGAAGAAGGUGAUUGCAGAGGAGGCCCCGAAACAGGGCCAGGGAGCAGAAACCGUCCAUUUAAACAAUGUAGCUGAGCCAAUCCUGGCAAUUCACGAGGAGGAAGAGGAGCCAGGCAGCAGAGAGGAGUUACUGGAAGGAGAGGAUCCAGAGGAGGGAGUGGAGGAACCAGAGUGGCCCGUGACUGCGCAGGAAGACUGUAAACCUGCAGAGGAACGAGUGGAGGAGGACCCACAGUGAAACAGCUCAUGGGAAAUAUGGCGUCAGUCAGGGCAAGGAUGUGAAAAAGUAUUUCUUGUUUUCCAAUCCUAUCAACUGACUCCUAUCUUUGCCAGCACAUCACUUAGACACAACACUGUAGAUGUUUGGGAAAUGUGUGCCUAUACAUAACAAAAAACAGGGUGGGAAAUAUGUGCUUUACACAUUUUAUCUGAAUAUCUGGGUUCACCAAACAUUUAAAGGAGCUUUCCAUAUUGCAAUACAGGAUGAUUUGUGUACUUUGGGAUACAGACUCUUUUGCUACUGUCAAGAGAAGAGGAAGACUGCUUGCACAGACCUCAACCCAAUGUGGUAACACGGGACUGCAGACAUUCGCUGCCAAUUUAUACAUAAUUAUUUUCUGAAUGCAAUUAUAUAUAGACAUCACAGUUACUUGUACUUGUGUUUCAAUUUUAGCAAGAGUUUUUGAGGUCAGACAUGGGCCAUAUUAUGUUUUCUUUUUCUAUAUAUGGAUUAUAAAGGGAGUCAAUCGAUUAAAGAACAUUGGCAUCUUUUUUUUCUUCUUCUGCCAAAAAAAAUUACUCACCCUUAGGCUUAAGCAUAUGAAAUCUAAUCUUUUUUUUUUUUUUACAUUUGUUGCCAAAUUACUGUAAGUACUUUAUACCAAUAGGUAUAGUCAUAUUACUUUAAGGAAAGAGACAAGAGGCUCCUCACACUCUGUAUUUGUAUGCGUGUGUGUCUGCAUGUUUAUAUAAGUUCUUCUCCAGAGGAUAUAGAUAUAUUUAUCCGAUUUAUUUGUGCCAUCUCUGGUCUCCAGCCUCGAGAUAGAUAUAGAGGUCUUUACAGGGUUCACUGUCCUAAUUGUUGUAUUCCCAAGGCCUGCACUAAGACUGCAUUAGAGGGUGGCUGGAAAUGAAUUUGUGCUCAAUACUAGACCAAAAAGGGAACGUCAGUACAGAGAACAAACACUAAUACAACCAAAGUAUCUAGGAACAAUAUAAGGGGAGAUAACAACAAAAAUGGACCAGAAAUGUAUUACCUAAAAUAAUUAAGAAGGAACAUCCUACAAUAUUCUUUGAAAAGGGUCCAAACAUCAGGUAGACUAACUAAUACACUUUCCUUUGUAUUAUCUUUGCAACCCAUAACUCUCUGACUAUGUAUUUGGACUCAGUGUGCUGUAUUAUAGUCUCAACACACUUUCCUCAUUAUGUAAAAAAAACCUGCAAAUGAUGCUGACCGUUAACCCUCAGGAAAACCUUAACUGUAGACAUUCAAAGUAAACAUUUGUACCACCUGUGAGGACAGUACGUUACAAAUAUGCAGGGAUAGUAGUACAUGAGUUUAGAAUAUGUUCAUAAAAGGCUGCAGUUUAUGUCACAACAAAGCCAAUAAACACAUUGAACUCUUCCCCCGUCACCUCAGGGCAGGCCCGGUUCUACGGGGGUGCAUAAGGGUGCAUUGCACCCUCAGUUGAGUCGUUAUGCACCCUCAUUUGAAAAACGAAAAGUGAAAAAAAUUCUAAAUUGAAAAAAACAAACAAUUCUAAAGUGAAAAAUAUUACAUAUAUAAUAACAAUAAUAAUAAUUGUAGUACUAACAAGAAUAAUAAGAAGAAUAUAGUCAAUGAUGGACAUCAGAAAAUGGUUAAAACAACCAGCUCUUAUCGCCAGCAGUAACACUGCAUCUACUGCAGGUAAUAACAGUUCAGAUCAUGGGGACAUUACGUUACCCGCGGCCACAG